UGUGUGUUUGUGAGAGAGAGAGAGAGAGUCUGUGCUUAUGGUAGGUGGGGCUGUCAGGUGAACUGUCAAAACUUGCUUUCCUGGUCCUUGAGUUGGCUGAGUUUACUUUGGUUUUAAAAGUUCAAACAGCUUACUGAAAUACCAGAAUACCAGUCUACUUCAGCAGCCACUUUUAUUCUCAACAAAACUUAUAGCACGUUUGAAGAUGUCCAUUACGGUGUAUUACAGCAGCGUGAGUGGCUCUAGAGAGGUAAAGCAACAUCAGUCUGAGAUUUUCCAGUUCCUGGAUUCCAAAAAGAUCAAGUACUUUGCUGUGGACAUCGCAGGAAGCACUGACGUGAAGGAGGAGAUGAGGAAGAAAGUGGGAAACCCCUCAGCGAUGCCCCCUCAGGUCUUUAAUGGAGACAAAUACUGUGGGGACUAUCAGAAGUUUUUUGAUGCAGUGGAGGAUGGGAAACCAGAGGCGUUCUUCAAACUCUGAGCUACUAUAGACACACUGCACUAUUAUAUAUGUUAAGAAGGUACAUAUUUUACAUCAUUAAAUAAAAAAAAGAUGUUCUGUCAA